UUUGAAAUGUCAUAACAGUCGUGAAUCGUGAUUCAAUUUGUGUCCCCCAGUGUCCCCUAUUGAUUUUAACAAGUGUAUCCUGUGAUUUCAGUAAAAUUAAUUAUUAGAACAACCAGUCAUGUCUUCUAUAACGGAUGUAAGAACUAUAUUCAACAGCAAAUUGAGCGAAAAUCCGGACCAUGGUUUUCAUCCCUUAGAUCUAGACAGAGUUAAGGACGAAAAAUACAUCACCCGGGUUUUGAAACAUUCCAACGAGGAUGCGAAGGAAGCUGCUGAUAUGCUCUGGGAGAUAUUCACGUGGAGGAAAACAACCGGCGCGAAUGAUAUUAACGAAAGUAACAUUAAAAUGGACUUUGUACAAGAGGGCGUAAUAUUUCCACACAGUCGGGACGUUGAUGGUUGUCUAUUGCUCAUAAUCAAGUCGAAAAAACACGUGAAAGGCGUCAAAGACUUCGAGGAGAUCAAAAGAAUCAUCAUAUACUGGUUCGAUCGUAUGGAACGCGAGGAAAAUGGUAAUAAAAUAUCGUUGUUUUUCGAUAUGGAGGGCUGUGGGCUGAGUAAUAUGGAUAUGGAAUUGAUUCAGUACUUGAUAUCUCUAUUUAAGCAUUAUUACCCUUAUUUCUUGAACUACAUUAUAAUAUAUCAAAUGCCAUGGGUGUUGUCUGCUGCGUUUAAAAUUGUCAAGUCGUUGCUUCCAGCACAAGCCAUUGAAAAGUUGAAGAAUGUAAAUAAAGAUUCGCUUAAGAACUUUGUGCCUCCCGAGCAAGCUUUAACAUGCUGGGGCGGCCAGGACAAUUACGUUUUUGAGUUUGUACCUGAAAAUAGAAGUACACCAGAACAUACACCGAAAAAAGUCACAUUUGCCGAACAAAAUGACAUUCACUCAUCUACUCCAGCUGGUGAAAUGCUGCGAAUCAAUCCUAACAAUUUAAUCGUGUUUAAAAACGAAAAUGAUGAUAUCACCGGCCAGUUCACAAUAACAAACAACGAUGCAGGGGCUGUAUCAUUUAAAAUACGCACGACAUCCCCAGAGAAAUUCCGUGUACGGCCUAGCUCAGGAAUUCUAGGUGUAGGAGCGUCACAGACAGUCAUGAUUGUUGUACAACCUGGUUUUCAACUAAAAAAUGUAUCAAAGGACAUGUUUUUAGUCAUGUGUAUGCAGAUACCGAAAACAGAUUUAUCUCAAAAGGAACUCAGCGAGAUAUGGCAAAAUUCGUCUGGAAACAAAGUCGACGAAUACAGACUAAAAUGCCAGUUUCCAGUAAAAGAGACGAAGAAUGGUAACGUAGUUGAGAAAACCGAUAAAUAUGAUUCGGUAACAAAUGCAUUGAACAAUUUGCAAAUGAACUACGAGAUUCUGCACAAGCAAGUCGAGAAGUUAAAGAUAUUUCAGUUUUUAACUCUAAUGCUGUCAAUUGUUGCUGUUGUUUUAGGAUAUUUAGUGUAUAUGAAUACGUAUGAAACUGAUAGGUACUGUGAACAAAUUUAAAAUUUUGUAUACAAGUAUAUUAAAAGUAAAAAGCUGUAGAUAGGUUGUCUCUUUUCCACAUAUAGUAUUUGGAUCUUGCCAUCUCCCUUUGACGUUUAAUUGUGUGUGCGUAAGUGUCUAUUGAAGAUCGAAUGUUAGGUAACCUAUAUACACCUUUUUACAUAUAACAUUGGAUACAGUUUUGUAGUAUAUGUAUAGUAAAAAGUUGGCGUUGAUUGAUAACAUUCCUUGUAUAAGCAAUUAUUUAGUUUUACAUUUUUGGGCCACUUGUUUAAAAUUUUCGAUAUAUUAACUGUUUUAUAAACAGAAUUAAAACU